AUGUAGGAGGGGCUUAUUACCUGAAGACACGCCCAUCAGCUGGGACUUGCGGAUAGGAUGAGCUCCGCCUCUUGUGAACGAUGAUUGGUAACGGAAGUUUUGGCGGGCACAUCAUUGUACGAAUAAACCAAUAGGGAUGUAGGGGUGUGGUUUACAUGAGCCAAUGAGGACGAGGCCGGGAGUAUAAAUGAUCUGCACGGUCCGUUCCUCACCUCAUUCUCUUGCUGUGUACAGAUCUCUGCAGAGCCAUGGCCAGAACCAAGCAGACAGCGCGUAAGUCCACCGGCGGGAAAGCUCCCCGCAAGCAGCUGGCCACUAAGGCCGCCAGGAAGAGCGCCCCCGCCACUGGCGGAGUCAAGAAGCCUCACCGCUACCGGCCCGGGACCGUCGCUCUCCGGGAGAUCCGGCGCUACCAGAAGUCCACCGAGCUGCUCAUCCGGAAGCUGCCCUUCCAGCGCCUGGUGAGAGAGAUCGCCCAGGACUUCAAGACCGACCUUCGCUUCCAGAGCUCGGCCGUCAUGGCCCUGCAGGAGGCCAGCGAGGCUUACCUGGUCGGGCUCUUCGAGGACACCAACCUCUGCGCCAUCCACGCCAAGCGGGUCACCAUCAUGCCCAAGGACAUCCAGCUGGCCCGCAGGAUCCGAGGGGAGAGGGCUUAG